GGGGACAUCGUGUCCUGCGCUGGCACGUACAUCCAUGUGUGGAGCAUCAAUGGGAACCCCGUCGUAAGUGUGAACACGUUCACAGGCAGGAGCCAGCAGAUCGUCUGUUGCUGCGUGUCAGAGAUGAACGAGUGGGACACGCAGAACGUCAUCGUCACGGGACACUCGGAUGGCGUGGUCCGGUUUUGGAGAAUGGAAUUUUUGCAAGUUCCUGAAACACCAGCCCCUGAGCCUGCUGAAGUUCUCGAAAUGCAGGAAGACUGUCCAGAAGCACAAAUCGGGCAAGAAGCCCAGGAUGAGGACAGCAGCGACUCCGAAGCCGACGAGCAGAGCGUCAGCCAGGACCCCAAGGACACGCCCAGCCAGCCCAGCAGCACCAGCCACCGGCCCCGGGCAGCCUCCUGCCGAGCCACAGCCACCUGGUAUAACGACAGUGGCUCCGACGACUCCAGGCGCUGGUCCGAUCAGCUCAGCCUCGAUGAGAAAGACGGCUUCAUAUUUGUGAACUAUUCAGAGGGCCAGAGCAGACCUCAUCUUCAGACUCCCCUUAACCACCCCCACCCCAAUCCCAUCGAGGCGCGGAAUUACAGCCGAUUGAAGCCUGGGUAUCGCUGGGAACGGCAGCUGGUGUUCAGGAGUAAGCUGACCAUGCACACGGCCUUCGACCGGAAGGACAACGCUCACCCUGCCGAGAUCACCGCAUUGGGUGUCUCCAAGGACCACAGCAGGAUCCUCGUGGGCGACAGUCGGGGCCGGGUGUUCAGCUGGUCUGUGAGCGACCAGCCCGGCCGCUCCGCCGCUGACCACUGGGUGAAGGACGAAGGAGGGGACAGCUGUUCAGGCUGCUCCGUGCGGUUCUCUCUCACGGAAAGACGGCACCAUUGCAGGAACUGCGGUCAGCUCUUCUGCCAGAAGUGCAGCCGAUUUCAGUCAGAAAUCAAACGCUUGAAAAUCUCCUCCCCAGUACGUGUCUGUCAGAACUGUUACUACAACUUACAGCAUGAGAGGAGUUCAGAAGACGGGCCCCGGAAUUGUUGAAGAUUCACCAAGCUGAUCGGAGACCACGGUCUGGAGACCCCGCUUCCCGCCUCCCCCGUCACAACUCGCAGCUUGGAAGGCAUCGAAACAGUCUCCGUUUACACAUCUCUUCACACCACGCGUCUGAAGUGUGGGAUUCAAAGGGAACACUGACUACACGGGUGUAGAGUCCAGUCACGGGGCAGGCACUGUGCAGGGGAGCAGCACCUGCUGAGAAGACGAGGUGGUUCCCAGGAGCGACAUCUCAGUAUCCGACUCUCCCUUAACAAUCGCUGUCUCCAAGAGAAAAUCCUCACGUGUUACCUGUUCUUUCCUUGCGUCUCAUUUUUGUAGAGCUACUCAUCCUCGAUUGGAAAAAUCAACAACUACAAAAAAAAAAGGCUUUUAGAAAAUGGUUGUAAAUCUGACUUCUUUGCAAGUAACUGUGUAUAUUGUAAAUAGGUACAAAGGCCUUUUUUCUAAAUAAGGACUUAACAGCCUGUAACAUGAGACUUCCAACUAAACCACUAAUUCAAUGAAAUACUUAUGGUUUGUCUGACAUCGCUCACCAAUUAAUUAUAAAUAUGUUUUUUUUUAAAUCUUCAAAGACAUUAUCUGUGGUCUUUUUUCCUUUCCCCUUUCAAGCCCAGCUCGUGUGCCUGAUGUCCUUUCUCUCAAGUUGCCCACGGUAUCUCCACUUAACCUAAGCUAGUAACCAAAACAAUGUCAUGUGGACCUUCUUUAGGAAACAGUGUGGGAGAAUAGGAGUCUGGCCCUGAGAUACCCUGGCAAUCUUUGGGCAUCUUGCACAUGGCUACACACCACCUCGGUGUUGUUCUGAUGUCACAAGGCCCCACGUAGACUUCUCUUUGGACUGCCCUGUGGUCAAAGCAUCUGUUCUUAGCACUGCGCCCUGAUGGUCAGGCAAUCCACGCAGUGCAGGAAACAGCCCUGCCUCAACUGAUGGAAAUAUAUUUGCAUGUAACCCAAAUUAGCUUCUCUUGCAUAGAACAUAAGAAGUAUGUGUCUUUGGUGACACUAAUGUUCUACUAUAGCUUAUUUUCCAAAAAAGGGUUAAAACAAAAGAAAAAAGUGUACAGAAUUAACAUGUAAACCUUGUUGUAAAACUGGAUCAUGUCAGAACUGCUUAUAUUUAACCUUUACCAUUU